AUGGCGGCUGAAGUUUCUCAACUUUUGCUGGCGGUGGUCCAGGGCAUUCCAGCCGGCGCCACUAACGAUGACUUGACGAAGGCGCUCCCCGAUGUUUCUGCAGCCACGCGGGUCGAGGCCCUGAAUAUACUCCUUCAGCAGGGCGGGAUAGAGAUCUUGAAAAAGGGGGAGAAGCUUGUUUAUCGCGCCAAGGACCCUGAGAAGAAGAGCGCGCUACCCAAGGACGCGGACAACGAAGAGAAGGUGGUAUACGGGAUCGUUGAGGAGGGCGGCAACAAGGGAAUCUGGAUAAGGGACAUACGCAUGAAGUCAAACUUGAAUAUGAUUCAGCUGAACAAGAUCCUUAAGAACCUUGAGACUAAAAAGCUCAUUAAGGCUGUGAAGUCGGUGAACGCUAGCAAAAAGAAGGUGUAUAUGUUGUACAAUCUUGAGCCGGAUCUUUCAAUAACAGGCGGUGCGUGGUACCAAGAUCAGGACUUCGAGGUGGAAUUUGUGGAUGUACUGAAUCAGCAGUGCCUGCGCUUCUUGCAGAUGAAACGAGACAACGCGGAAAAGAAGCGUGAGGGUCCUUUGGCAUUCAAGCAGAUGUCGUGCUGUACAGUAAAUGAGGUUCAGAAGUUCAUCUCAGAUCUUGGCAUUAGCAAGGUCAACCUGGCGGAGGCCGAUUUAGAAACUAUACUCAAAACGGUGGUGUACGAUGGCAAUGCGGAAAGAGUACGUCAGCACAAUGGAUCUUAUGUCUACCGGGCGGUCAACUCCCCACUUCCACCCACUGGUCUAGUUCAGAUGCCUUGUGGCAUUUGUCCAGUAAUCAAAAACUGCUCGAACUGUGGCGAUGUAACUGCUAUAACCUGUGAAUAUAUGCGAGAUUGGUUGGAUUAAGAAGUUACUUAAAAUAUGAUAUUAAAUGUUUAAGUUUUAAACUAAA